AGUUACCAGGCAACCACACAGAAACGAAAAUUCAGUCCGGCACUCGCUUCGUUUAGCCUACUGGACUACUGCGAGAAGCACAAAGCCACAGACACGCUGGUAAGCGGUACGACUGAUGCACAGAAUCCAUUCCGUGAGAAGAAAGGCUGCACACUGAUCUGA